GAAAUUUGCAGUAUAAAGCUCUUUUUUCUUUUUCCACCACACGUGGAUUCUCCUUUUUUAAUUUCUUCUUCUUCCUUCUUGCUUUUGUGCAAAGUCACCAUGGAUCUCGCUCCGCCCAGCAAGUACGUGACGCUCGUUUCCGGAGACGGUUUCGAGUUUGUCGUGCUGCGUGAGGCUGCCAUGGUGAGCCCGAUCAUCAAGGGCAUGCUGGACCCGAGGAGUCAAUUCGUCGAGGCCAAGGACGCCAGAUGCGUGUUCCAAGAGAUGAGCGGAAUGGUGCUCGACAAAGUGGUCGAGUACUUCCACUACUGGUACCGUUACAGAAACAGCGAAGACGUGCCCGACAUGGACAUUCCUGUAGAGCUCUGCCUUGAGCUGUUGGCCGCGGCCGAUUACCUGGGCUUGGAUCAGGCCAACAUGAGCACGAAAUGAAUGGUGCACUGCCAUGGAUGAUCUAUGAAGAAGAAGAAGAAGAUUAUGAGACGAAAUAUGAUACCACACCGAUUACGAACUAGAAGAGGAAAGCAAUGCGCCUCGUCCCUAAUACUAAGAAUAACGAAUCACAGCAGC